GAUAUCGCGCAGGCUUCGAAUCUGAACGUGAGGGGGGGCAGCAGAUGUCCGCCAGGAGUAGUAUGAGUAGAUAGAUCUCUACGGAUGAUGGGGGGUUCACAUCGAAAGCUUUCAGGCCCAAAGAGCUACGGCUAAUAUAAAUCCACUUACACCUGAUUUCCGGCGCCGCUGUGGAACAACUGAAUAUUCAUCUAGCCUGACUGAUUUUCAUAUCCUGCAUAUCCAAGAGACAAUUCAGAUCGUCGGUACCCCGCCCGCCCGGAUCGACUCGCUUCUGUUCUCUCUUUUUCUCUCGCAACCGCUUCGCGAUGUCCACGAGCAAGCAAUUAAAGCGCCUCGUCUCGCAGUGGGAAAAGUCGGCUCCCACAUAUUGCCACAGCCGUAACUUCUUAACUGCCGGCCUGUCUCUGUUCCUCUCCGCGUGGCUCAUACGCUUGUGGGUGUUCCGAGUUGCUCGCUCCGAGCCGGACACGGUGGCUCGUGUGCAAGCGUGCGCCGUGGACAACCUGCGUGCCGACUUGUCCUUUCUCGACGGGGCAUCUCCCAUUACGGCGGAUGAGUUUUUGGAUCGGCGGGACCGCCUGGCGCGGGCCCUCGCCGCGGAGGGCGUCGAUGCGUUCGUCUGCGAGCCGGGAUACGCGUUCCAAUUUUACGGCAAUGUCUCGCAGAGCGACUGGGAGCCGUGGGAGCCGGAGGAGCGGCCCUUCCUCAUGCUCAUCCUGCCCGCGGUCUCUGGUGAUGCGGUCACAGCCACGACAGCAUUCCUCGCGCCGCGCUUCGAGGAGGCUCGCGCGCGCAUGCUCGGGAUCCCGUCGCGGGACCCCGGGCUCAACAUAGUGACGUGGGAGGAGCACUGGGACCCCUACGCUACACUACUCAAGUCUCGUCUCUUCACAGGCAAGCCGCGGCCCAUGAUCGCGGUCGACGGUGAGAUGCGCGACUUCAUCGCACGAGGCCUCGCGGGCGCGGGGUUCGAGACUGCCGCGCCGCCCCUUGCCGCUGAACGCGUGCGGCAGCUCAAGAGUCGCGCUGAGGUGGCGGCACUGCGCGCGGUCAACACGGGAACUGUCGCAGCCGUGCGGGCAAUGCGGCCCUGCCUUGUGGUUGGAUUGACGGAGGACGAGGUGCGCGGCGUGCUCGACGCGGCACUGCAGUCGGUCGGGUUCAGCCCGUUCUUCGACAUUGUGCUGUUUGAGGAGCACGGUGCGCUGCCGCACGGCGGCGCCGUCGUCGGCGCAAAGCAGCUCACGCGCGAGACCAUGGUCGUGAUCGAUGUCGGGGCGCAUUAUUUAGGAUAUUCGUCAGACAUAUGCCGCAGCUUCUUUAUCGACCCCGCGGUUCGAUCAAAGCGGUUAUUGCCGAGGCACCUUGCGGGCCUCUUCGAGAUGCUUGGGCUGCGUGCCCACCACGCCCCGGAAGUGCUGCGCGAGAUGUCGGACCUGCAUUCCGAGAAGUUGAAAGUCUGGAGCAUCGUUUUAGAUGCCCAGACCGCCGCGGCGGCCGAGAUGAAGCCCGGCAGGAGUGCGGCGACCGUCGAUCUCGCUGCCCGCGGGGUCAUCGAGGCGGCCGGGUACGGCUACGGGUUUACGCAUCGUCUCGGUCACGGGAUCGGGAUCAAAGGCGAGCGACCCCGCGUCCCCUUGCUCUGCCUUGUCCUCAUACAAUAUCAUCUAGCACACGAGCCUCCGUACUUGAACCAGUGGAACACGGAAGACAUUCUCGAGCCCGGGAUGGUAGUCACCGACGAGCCUGGUAUCUAUCUGGAAGGGAAAUUUGGCGUCCGUCACGAGGAUGUUUACCUUGUGAAGCCGGAUGGGGGCGCCGAGCUACUAACCGGGCGAAGAGCCGGGGGCCCCUACGAUCCUUGAGCAGGUAACCACAUGUGGAUGUGGGUGUAGCUCGUGGGUGUGUUCGCGUCUACACUGCCGGCCCUCAGGGACCGCUAUCCAAAGCUUGAUCCUGAGCCUUGAUUCUCCCACUUAAUACAACUAGCCCGGAACAGCAUGUGGGAGAAGAAGGCCCGGUUGAUAAACAUCUUUCAUCGGCGCCGUGAAGUGCACGGCCCCUAAGUAAACAUGGGCGGGCGGCUGCAGCUAUGUUGUGUCGCUGUGUCUCCAUUCCCGUCGUGUUCGGUCUUUUCACGUAAACCCUUAUAUGCGUUUCUAGUUUUCGCCUCAUCACGGGAUUCGCUGGAGCUCGUCUUUAUGGAAAUGUUUACAA